AUGUCGAACGUUGGAAUUUAUGUGGCCAUAUUCAAAGGUGGCGGUAUUUACAAGCAUUGGGCUCUUUUCAUUGACGAGCCCCAAGCGGACGAAACCCUGCUCCAGGUCAAGGGAUCCGAUGGCCGAUUUCGUUAUGAAGCCGAGAAAAGAGAUGCCCGGAAUUCGCAAAGCCUAGUGGAGCUAGUCUACCUUUGCGAUGUGGAUGUCGCUAAAGCCAACAGGAUCAGGGAUGUUGCGAGGAAAAUCCCCGUUCAUAAUGAGAUCUCAGGUUGGAAUUGCCAAGACUAUGUGCUUGAUCUCUUGAACGCAUUGGAGAAUGACGGAGUCUUGAACAGCGACGACGCAGAUUAUACGGAGCAGAAGUCCUACGUUGAGGGAAAGCAAGAAGGACUGGCAUAA